CGCUCUGAAUCCUCAAUGGCGCCGCCAUCUUGCCCCACCCCCACCAGCCCGCCUCUUCCGCCCCUCCCCGGAAGUGGGCCUCCGAAAAGGGAGCGAGGAAGUCACAGGGUGGGAGCUACACCGGCAGCCACCAAUGAAAAUGCUCGGCGGGAUGCCCCGCCCCUCCCGCACGCGCGCUCCCUGCGAAGUCUGGCUCUUGUGAGGAGUGACGGAAGAGCCUGCAAGACCCGCGCUUUCGCACUGGAGCGCGCGUCUGAGUCCUUCUCCCACCUACUCCCCAGGAUGUCAACCUCAGCCCCUCAAGGCCAUGCAUGGGCCCGACAGGUGAAGAAGGAAGAUGAGGAAGAGGACCCACUGGACCAGCUCAUCUCCCGCUCUGGCUGUGCUGCCUCCCAUUUUGCAGUGCAGGAUGGCCCCCAGGCCGGGCGGCGGUCCCAGCCACAGGUGCAGGCCUUCAGGGACUGCAUGAGUGAACAGCAGGCGAGACGGCGAGAGGAACUACAGAGGAAGAAAGAGCAAGCCAGUGCCCACCACUAAGACCCCCCAAACCACCUGUCCCUAGAGGAUGGUCCUACAGAAACCAGCACCCAGAGCAAUGAGGGGAGAAAUCCUAAAUGGCGGAAAUGUGGACCAGGAGGUAUAAAACUUGGGGGUAACCUUUAGGGCUAAGGUUGAGAGCCAGACACCAUGAGUUUGGACAUGACUGAUCCCAAGAGCUGUCACACUUUCAUGGUCGGAUACCAUACAUCCUGUCCCACCUUGUUCCACCAGUAUUUGCCAUGUAUAACAGAGUGGAGUGAGGGAUGUUCCCUUGCCACACUUCUUGGGUCAGCAUGCCAAGUACUGAGUUGACUACAGAGACAUUUUCAUUUUAACAGUAAAUUCAUGAUCUAAAGGUAAAUUGGUUACUUAAUCAAGACUUUACUUACUUAGUCAUGGGUUCAACAACUGCAAGUAUUUCUGAGACAUUGUGUUGGAGACGGAUGUGAUGAAUAAUGUGACCUCUGCCUUCAUGUUGCUUAGAAUCUAGGUUGACAGAUGGAAAUAAAAUAACACUGGAAUGACUAA